AGUGACAGCGCCCCUAGUGGUGUAAAUUAAGUUCUUAAAAAACCACACCUUGCAGGGAGGCCGCACCGUUAAACAAGUAAACAGCUAGGUCUUAUCAGCACCAAUCAGCGACAACACUCCCAGAACUGCAGGUUGUUAUGUCAUCCUUUGAAGGUAAGAUGAAAUUGGAGGAGUACUUCCAAAGGAUUGGCUUCGAUGGCCCUUGUGAUAAAAUGGAUCUCGCAACCCUGAUGUUGGUCCACAAGCUGCACGUCAUGUCGAUCCCUUUUGAAAACCUCAGCAUUCACUGUGGAGAGUGGAUCACCAUGGACCUGGAGGUUAUUUUUAAUAAGCUAGUGAGAAGCAGUCGUGGGGGCUGGUGUCUUGAGAACAAUUACCUGUUUGGAUGGGUGCUGAGAGAAAUGGGCUUCGAUGCCACAACACUGAGCUCCAGAGCGUUCAACAGUAUCAUCAAUGACUUUGGUGCUCUUGAUUCUCACCUCAUUCACAAAGUUAUCAUUGAUGGGAAGGCUUAUAUAGCUGAUGUAAGCUUUGGAGUGUCGUCACAGAUAUGGGAGCCACUGGAGCUAAUCUCUGGAAAGGACCAACCGCAGGCAGCAGGGGUGUUUCGUCUUGUCCAUGAGGGGGAAAUUUGGGUCCUGGAGAAGACUGGCAGGAAACCAGAGGUUCUGAAUCCAGAAUUUGCCAAAUCCAGCCUGGUGAACAGGAAGGAGACUAAGCAGAUCUACUGUUUUACCCUGGAGCCUCGACAGGUUGAUCAUUUCAUUGACAAAAGCCAGAGACUCCAGAAAGACCCUGCCUCCCUCUUUACCAACAAGUCCAUCUGCUCCUUGCAAACACCAACAGGAUUCAAAGCUCUGAUUGGCUGGACCUACAGUGAGGUCACCUACAAACUUGAGGAAGGGGUGGAUGUGUUGGACAUGAGGAAUGUAACAGAGGAUGAGAUUGAUGUGGUCCUGAAGGAGCAGUUUAAUGUAAAGCUGCAGAACAAACUAAAGCCUGUGUGCAACAAAACAUUUUAUACACUUUGAAAACACUCCUAAAAUUAUAGACAUCUUGGUUUUGCACACCUAAAUCCACUUAUUAGCAAUGCAAAAUUACAGUAAUUCUAAAUUUUAUAAAAUGAUCAAUGUUUUAGGAGUAACUGAGUCAGUUAUGGGUGUUACACCAUAAAAUAAGAACAAUAAUAAUAUAAUGUGUAAUUUUAUAGAUUUUAUUAUUUUCUGUGUUGUAAAGUGGACCAACGUUCUUAGUAUGUAUUUCUUUUGGAGAGUUUAUAUGUUGUACUCCUGCUGUAUUGUCAUGCUCAGAUUGUGAGGGCUGUUCACUUUGUAUUUUUAUUAUCUCCAAGGCUACUGAUACCUGUUGAUAAUUGUGCCAAAAAGAAUCAUGUUCUGAGAUGGCACAUAUAGCUUUGUGUAACAAGUGAUUGCCCAAGUCCUUCUGACAAUCAAGAAGUGAUAGUCUUAAUACUUGUGUGGACCCACAAUGUCAAUGUUUAGUCUAAAACAACUGCUAGAAUGGGUAACCUUAAGCUAAACUGUGAUGUUUACCUCAUGUGUACAACUCAUCUUUAAACUUUUUUUAAAUAAAGUUUAAUUUCACAUGUUUAA